CGAGUAUCUAUGAGUGACGAGUAUUCGAGUAACGAAUGGUUACUUUUUCAGCACCUCUAUAAAACACUCCAGAUUCCAUAUCCAAGUUAAUUCAUAAUAAGCUGCACCAGCACCAUUUAAAAUCGUAUACAAUUUUAUCAGUAUCGUCUGAAUAAAUACAGACCACAAUAUCGCCCUGAUAUCACACCAUAUAGCAGUGAAAGGUAUCAAGAUAUAUCCAAAAACACGUUUUAUUUAUAGAAUAUUUGUUGAGCUUCUAUUUUCCACUGUUUUCUCGUGAUUCGCGCAUUAAUUUCAAUACAUACACAAUGGCAGAGAUACAAGAAUUCGAUAGUAUCGAGGAAAUUCUUGAAAAGUUACCAAAAAAUGAGUGUGAUACUGUUAAAAGGGUGUUAUAUGGCAAAGGCACCGAUGAUUUGAAUUUACCACAAAAGCCGAAUGCUUUAUCUGAGAAGUACAAUAUCCAGCUUCUUGGUUGCCGAUUUUCGUGCAACAAAGAAGAAUUGCGACCUCCAAGAAUUGUCCGAGUGGGAUUAUUUCAACACAAAACUCCUUUGCCAACGUGGUCAGCUAUCAAAGAAAUGAGAGAGGCAGUAUUCAAAAUGGCAAGUGAGGCACUAGAAGUAGCUGCACUGUCAGGAGUAAAUGUUUUUUGUUUCCAAGAAGCGUGGAAUAUGCCUUUUGCCUUUUGUACGCGAGAAAAGCAACAUUGGUGCGAAUAUGCUGAAAUUGCUGAACACGGCUCAACAACCAGCUUUUUGAAAGAAUUAGCAAAACGAUACAAUAUGGUGAUUAUUUCACCCAUUUUGGAGAGAGAUGAAGUACAUAAUGACACAAUCUGGAAUACAGCUGUAGUCAUCGACAAUCAUGGUGACUAUUUGGGGAAGCACAGGAAAAAUCACAUACCUCGGGUCGGAGAUUUCAAUGAAUCCACUUACUAUUUUGAAGGAAACACUGGUCAUCCUGUAUUUAAGGUAACAGAAAUACAAUGUUCACAGGCAAAUUUAAGGGCUCAUUUAUCACGUAAAUUAUGAAAAAAGUUUGGAAAGUAUGAAUCUCAAAAUUACCAAUUCCACGAAACGGAAUGUUUAAACCAGUCCGCUAUCGUUUUCAUAAAGCAAUAUCGAUUCUGCUGGAAAAGUGUUUCUUUGGAGUUCCAGUUAUAUUUGUAAAAAAGUGCGUACUUUAUUACUAUUUUUAAUAACGAUAAACAGAUUGGUGUUCUGGUUAAUAAUACGAUUUAUUUUUAUUUCGCGAUCGGUGAACAAAAAACUGCAAGAGACAGUCUUUAUAAGUACAAUCAAUCUGUCAAUGAUACUGACUAUGUUUUUCAAAUAUUAGGGCGUACUGUAUUUUCACUAAACGUAUAGACUAGCAGGCUUGCAUGCCACUGAUGUGGGAAACUAAUUUUGUAAAUGUAAAUCUUUAACAACAUGUUUUCAUCACCUUAUCUCAAUCUGUUCCCGAGAAAUGUACAUAAGAAGAACUAUCGAGCAACUUUAAACAAUCCGUAUUAUUGAAACCAUGCAUUUCCGGAUCUGUGUUUAAGUAAACAUUUUAUAAGCCCGUGCAUAUCUUGAAUAUAAGCAGUGGUAUACAACCUAGCGGUGCGUUGUAUUAUCGCCUUCAAUGCACUACCACCAUCAUAAUGACCUACCUGCUUUAGCUGUUAUACUUUGCAAAGAACAUAGUAUAUGUAUUAUUAUUUUCAUAUUAAACAAUCAUAUGCAGGGAAAACCAAAUUUGUCUGACGGCUUGAGUUCAAUGUGUACAAGAAGUGUGUAUCAACACAUGUUAGAAAGAGACAGAAUCCGGCUUAAAAGCGAAGGUUAUCACAUUGCCAAGCAACGGUGACGCAUAAUCUCGUGCGAUCUGCCGCGAUGCAAAUAUGUUACACCAGAAAUCGUUCGCUCAGGCUUUUACAAUAGGGUAGGUUACUGUCAAACUCAAGAUCUGUUCGAACAUAUAGAGAUUCAUAUUUUGUGUUUAUUUUGAUUAGAAUUAUUCCAAUUUUGACUUAAU